AAAAAAAAAAGAUAUAUUAUUGGGCCUCCCUCCACAGUUCACAUGUCCGUAUUCUCGAGCAAGGCGACGAGAAAAAUCUCUGUUUGUGAGGUCGUUGUCCUCGUAGGUUUUCGAUCUGGUUCUGUUCAUUUCCUGAGAUAACCCGCAACGAUGGCGGCGGAGCCGAAGGCGGCGACUGAGGACGUAAAGAUGGAUUUGUUCGAGGACGACGAUGAGUUUGAGGAAUUUGAGAUCGACGAAGAUUGGGAAGAGAAGGAGGAAGUGAAGGAAGUGACUCAGCAAUGGGAAGACGACUGGGACGACGACGAUGUGAACGACGACUUCUCUCUUCAGCUGAGGAGGGAACUUGAGAGUAACACUGAGAAUAAGAACUGAGGUCUCCUCUCUCUUGUUGCCUCUCUCUCCCCUUUGUCGUUUCGAAAUGAGAAAGAAGUGAGAUCUUGACAUUUGCUGAAAUUUUUACACUAGGAAUGCUUUGUCAGUGAGAUCCAGACAUUGGUUUAUUUUCAUUUUACGUAGUGUCACUCUCAGAUUGCUGUUUCGUUGAUCCAUUUUAUAUUGUUCAUGGUAAGUCUUGUUAUCCAAUAUGAAAACCACAGGUGGUCAUUUCGGGUUU